GUUUACCUGUCGACAUAGUGACGUUCACCGGUGAACAUUCACUGACUUUUGUGAACGUUCGGCGACUGGAUGAACACUGAUGGUGACCAUCAGGCUCGUAGCAACAUCUCGUCACCUUCGGGAUCCGAUCAAUAAUUGAACUUUCAUGUAAAUUGGGCCAAGCCAACGUUGAACUAACAUUAAUAUGUAAAUCUUUCAGUUUCGCUUUACACUGCUCUACAGACCCCAGAGUCUACAGUGCAAGUUAAGCACGUCAUGGGUGUGGUUCGUGGUAUCAGCAGGCCUAUCCUUGUCAACGACUGGACGUCUUCAAUAGGCAGCGAUGAUGAUAUGGUUGAUGGCUAUGACUCCCCUUUAACGGACCUGGAAGACAGUAGCGAGUAUAGCAGCCCGGAGGAGACGUUCAGUGAAUCAAGCGGUAGUGAAUAUGGCGGAGAGACAUAUAAGAAACAACCCGCACAAAAACGCCCCAGGACAGCUAAAGCGCUCGAUACUGGUAUGGCACCAGCACCAAAAGGUCCUGGCAGAAGAAAGAAAACGCUUAGUCUCAUUGUCAUUAUGCCGAUUGACAUUCUUCUCGAGAUCUUUGGUCUUUUGGAACCGGCAGAUCUUUUAUAUCUGUCACGCACAAGUAAAGCUUUUCGGAAGAUUCUCUUAUCUAACAGUGCAGUUUCGGUCUGGAAAGCUGCCCGCGUCAAUCGUGACGAUGUUCCUGACUGCAUGCCUGGCAUGUCUGAGGUCACAUGGGCUAACCUGUUAUUUGGUGGUUCUCAGUGUUAUGUGUGUGGCACCAAGGGAAUUACGAGAAUAGACUUUGGUAUCAGGCGCAGAGUAUGUACCUCGUGCCUCAAGAAGAACUUGGUCUACAAGCCUAACUUUUCUUCGAAAUUUCCUGACUUUGAUCCAAUUAUCAUGGAUUUAAUACCAUUCACUAACACCGGUGGAUGGGCUCAUGGUCACGCCAGCACAAGCAAGUUUUUUUGGUCGGACGACGUACUGAAAAUGGCAGCUCAGUUGGGGAUGUACCAGAAGGAUGUGCACAUGUUCAAACCAGGCGCCAAGAAAAGGCUGGAAGACUUCAAGCAAUCACGCAAGAGAUAUGUUGACUCUGUUGUUGAUCAUGCUGCGGUGUGUAAUGCUUGGGUCGAUGAGGAACGCGAACGUCAUCUAUUGACGGUCACCGAGCUUCGCAGCCAAAAUAAAGAGUUGAUUAAAGCUAGAUUAGUUCAACUCGGUCACGGUGCUAAUGAUGUGGCGCGCAUGCUCUGUCAUCGUGAAUAUGCCAUGGACAAGGAACUUACCAAUGCACGGUGGAAGCGCUUGCUCCCAAGAAUCGAGCGUAAUCUUUCUGAAUUGAAGGAAGAGCAGCGUCUCGAGGAUCAAAGAAGUGCAUCGUUUGAACGGAAGAGACACCUGUUGGAAACGUAUGACAACUACGUGCGGCAGUUGCGAACUCUCAUACCUCCUUCCGAAUCCUUCUUGAAGCUCUACGAUGUCGCAGAAUUUAUCAACAGUCCGCCUGUGGAACGAGAAAGCGAGAUUGGUGCUUGUCGUGCUUUUGUGGUCAAAUUGCCCGAAUUGUGUACCAGGUAUAUCCAUCAAACAAAGCUCGCACUGACAAAACUCCUUGGCCCCUCUACUGGUGUAUCGCAAGAUACCCUAGCGCGACGAAAUCAGGGUAUCAACGUCCCUGACGAGACCUUACUGCAACUAGCCACUUCUAUCUUCCAAUGCAUUUCAUCGCGUCCCUUCCCCCUGAUCACAUGGGACAAAGUGCAGUAUCACAGAUGCCCUUCUAGCCUAUUUUACGCGGGGUCGAUGGGGAUAGACGCUUGCACAUUUUCUCUCUCUCAAUCUGGGAUUACUGCCGCCCGCUCUUUGUUAAGCUUAGUCGACCUUGACGCCAAAACUACGACUGCAACCACAAUGGAUCAACUCCAGUAUCACUUUUUUUGCUCCAACUGUCCACCCAAGCUAGAGAACGGAGGAUCCUACCGGAUGGCGAUGGACUGGCGUCGGAGUGUCAUCCAUUACGUUGAGGAAUCACACUCGGAGCCUCGUUGGGAGCUCUUGAGUGCUGAGCAACUUAAAGUGAUCCACGGCUCGCAUCCUCCCGAAUAUCCCAGGGCUACUGAUCCAGUGUGGUACUGUAACGGGUGCGAUAGGCAUAACGGAAAACCAGUUGACAAGGCUGCUGUCAUUGAUCAUUUACGAUGGGAUGGAAUCGCCGCUCCGAUCCAAGGAGUCGACUUUAAGUAUGACAUGGCCCCUGUCGAGCUACCGCCACAAGGAACGAAGUUCUUCAUUACCCCCCUCAGCUGCCCAAAAAGCCGACAAAAGACUAUCGUUGCAAACGCUGCAAUAGCUCACCGAAUUUCAGGAGUUUCAUGUUGGAAAGUGUCAGGCAGCACAUCAAACACAAGCACAAAGUCGACUCCCCACUUGAAGGGACAGACUUCUGUAAAAUCAAGUAAUGACAUCUCGUCGCUCCGCAACCUCCAUCUUUCGUUCCAUAUGCUCGUCAACACAUUUUGGUCACGUACACUAUUUGCAUCACCAGUCCUAAUUUCUACGUACUCCGGACUUUCGUCUACUGUCAAAUGAAUGAGAAUCGUUGAAUGCUGAAACGACAAUCCAUUAAGUACGUCGUAUACG